AUGUCGGCAUUCAGUUGGAUAUUUUCGAGCACACAGACACGCAGGAACCGCUGCAACAAGCACGAAAUGUGGUUGGUUGCAAAAAACAGUUCCCUGCUGUCACCUGAUCUGACACUGAUCAUUUUGCCUAUUUCCUUAAGAAAUUUAAGGGUGUUGGGGUCCAUCGGGCCGAGAACCUCGAUGCAUAUUGGCAAGAAUUCCAUCGAGGGGAGGGCAUUCCCAUAUUUUUUCAUUUUCUCGUCCGCUGCCCUGGCCGCGGCCAAACCGCAUUCUUUACUUGACAGGUUUACGUAUCGUUCGGCGAGGGUGCCAGGGACCGUAACAUCCCACGCCAAACAUCUGCCGGCUCUCCAAGGUAUUAGCGUGCAUCCGUCCGGUCGCCUACCAUCAUGCGCAGAAAUGCCGGAUGGUUCCUUGAGAACCGGGAUUGAAUCCUUGGAGAAGAGCCGACAAAUGGCGGUGCGCAGGGCUCCGUCAAAUUUGCCCAAUUUAGAAGUGUCAAUGUGUUUAGAUGUACGCAGGAAGUACAUCAAUUUGGGCAAACUGAGGGCAUUGCGGAUAAUAGUCAAGGCAUCAUGGGCCGAAAGACAGGAAACACGACCCAGGGCGAAUUCAAGCUCAGAGAGCUUUUGCCAAUGCCCUGAGACUUUGAAACGCACUGGAAAAUGUGGAUAG